UUCAGCGAUGACCACUCGAGGACCUGCUAAAGCCCAUGCUGUCAAGUUGGCAACCCAACACUGGCGGUAGACAAUAGUAAAACGGCGCAGUUAUUUCGGAUAUUGACUACAUCCUUUGGAGCAACAGGAUCAGGUUCAUGCGCGUAGCAGCUCGUGGACCCAAAAAGCACCUGAAGCGCCUCAAUGCCCCCAAGCACUGGAUGCUGGACAAGCUGACCGGCACCUAUGCUCCCAGACCUACUGCCGGUCCCCACAAGCUCCGUGAGUGCUUGCCUCUUAUUAUCUUGAUGCGCAACCGUCUGAAGUACGCACUCAACGGUAAGGAGGUUCAGUCCAUCCUUAUGCAGCGUCUCGUUAAGGUUGAUGGCAAGGUCCGUACCGAUACCACCUUCCCCGCUGGUUUCAUGGAUGUCAUCGCCAUCGAGAAGACUGGCGAGAACUUCCGUCUCGUUUACGACACCAAGGGACGCUUCACCGUUCACCGUAUCACCGCUGAUGAGGCCCAGUACAAGUUGUGCAAGGUCAAGAAGGUUCAGCUCGGUGCCAAGGGCAUUCCUUUCGUCGUCACUCACGAUGGCCGCACCCUCCGUUACCCUGAUCCCUUGAUCAAGGUCAACGACACCAUCAAGCUUGACCUGGAGACUGGCAAGUUCAACGAGUUCAUCAAGUUCGAGGUCGGCAAUGUUGCCAUGGUCACCGGAGGUCGCAACACUGGCCGUGUCGGUGUCAUCACCCACCGUGAGCGUCACAUCGGAGGUUUCGAUAUCGUCCACAUCAAGGAUGUUCUCGACCGCCAAUUCGCCACCCGUCUCUCCAACGUUUUCGUCAUUGGUGAGGGCAACAAGCCUUGGGUUUCUCUUCCUAAGAACAAGGGUGUCAAGCUCACCAUUGCCGAGGAGCGUGAUCGUCGUCGUGCCGCUUCCAACUAAAGAAAUAAAACCCGCCCCCUCCAGCCAUCCCAUCCGCUUUCAGUCUGCCCUUUUUUUACGCAUCCCCUUCUCUCUUUUGACAAUAAAGGCUGACUUUGAGACUCUUUACAACAGGUCUAUUUUCCGAGGACAUGUUUGCAUGAUAUGCACCUCAAUUACUGAAAAAUGGUAGUUCCAGAAAAAAUUA